UGGGCAGGAUAGUGCACGUCUUUGUCACAGGACAAUAAUGCAAUACGCACAUGUUAUUUUUCUACAUUAAUUUAUAUUUCAAAUAAUAAAGUGAUAGAAAUGAGUGCAAAUUUGGAGAGCCUAAUUCAAAGCGGAUAUGAUUUGAUCUUUCCUUUUUUUACCUGUCAGGGCAACAUCAUUUACAAAAAGGCUGAAUUUUUCUGUAAGGAAUGUUCAAAGUGUUACUGUGGAACAUGUGGGGAGUACCAUAACUUUCUUUUUAAGAAGCAUGCAAUUUGGGGCAAGGAAAAAAUAAGCCAGUGGCCUGAAACCAAUGUGAAUGUACAAGAGCAAUGCCAGAAGCACAAGGGUGAGAAACUGACAGCAUUCUGUGAGGACCAUAGUAAACUGAUGUGUCGUGUCUGCCGUAUCUACACACACAACCAGUGCAGAAAAGUGACUCCGAUUUCGGAGCUGACCAACUUGCAGCCCACAGGCUUAGAGGGGCUGUCAGUGGAGCUGGAAACUGUCCUGGGGGAAAUUAAAACCCUGCAAAUCAGUCAGGAGGCCAGCAUUCAGUCAUUGCAGAGAACAUACAAGGAACAUAGGGAAGUUAUGAUAGAGCAACUGUGUUGCAAUUUAAAUACUUACAUAGAUGAAUGUGAUAUUAAUUCUGUGGGUACAUCAGGCGGAAAUGAGCAAUAUUUAAAAGAAGAGUUGUGUAGGAAUGUUGUUUCUAUCGUGAAUGAAUUCAAUAAUAUUACUGCGAAGGAACUUAACGAGAUGAAAGAUGAAGUUAUAAGCAUUAAAGGGUCAGUUACAAGUUCUAUUCAUAAAUGCACCACUCUUCACAAUGACUUGUCACAAUUCCAUGAAAGUUUUCAGAAAAUUGGAGAUAAUAAGGAGCUCUGUCUUAUAGCCAUCAUAAAAUGUAAGCAUAAAAUACAACAAGCAUUGACUCUUCUAGGAAAGUCAGGCAAGAUGUUUAACGUCCAGCGGAAGUCUGUGCACAAUGUGAGAAUACCAAGUGAUUCAGAUUCAUGUGAUAUCACAGGCAUAUGUGCUCUCCCAGAUGGACAGGUCCUGGUUGUAAACAACCAUAAUAAGAGAGUCAAGCUUCUAAACCAGCGGUACCAGGUGGUGAGUCACUGGGAUGUGACUGCUUGGCUACUGGACAUGUGUCAGAUCACACCCAGUGAGGUUGCAGUGGCUAUGAAUAAUGAGGUCCAGUUUAUCACAGUAAGCCAGAGCCAACUCACCAAAGGCAGGAAGCUUGAGUUACAACAUAGUUGUUAUAGUAUUGCCCACCAUCAGGGAGACCUGUUUAUUGGAUCUGGUACAGCUCUGUACAAGUACAAACUAAAUGGCAAACUAGUCUGCAAACUCUAUGAAAAUAAACCAGAUAAUUAUACAGACAUGAUUGGAUCAUGUGCUGUCAGUCCUGAUGGAGGGAGGAUAUAUGUGGCCUUGAGGACCGGUAACCAGCUUGUUACACUGGCUGUAGAUGGCACAGUGAUCUCCAGAUUAACUGUCUUUCCCAUGAAGUCGGAACAGCUAAUACCAUUGAACCCUCAUCCGUAUUUCGAACCAGACUUUCUUGGUCUCCAUGUGACAGACUUGGGACAGGUUCUAGUGUGUGGAUCCCAUAAAAUAAUACAAGUGGACAGAGAUGGGCGGCAGAUACUGGUAGAGAUGGUAACAGAGAUAGAUGAUGUGAAAUGGCCACUAUCCUUCUACUUCAGCAGAAUCACACAAUCACUUGUUGUGGGAAUGGCGCACACUAACAACAUUCUGGUUUUUUCGACUGAAAUGAAGGAGGAAGCUGUAAAUGUGUUGCUUGCACAAAAGACGAAAGCAUUAAAGGAGUUAAUUGCACAAAAGACACCAGAUGAAGAACUCAAGGACUUGUUGAGAAUACUCAACAUAGAUGCAAGGGCAGAAUGUAAAGCUGACUCAUUUACAGCAUUUUCCCAUGGUCGUGCAGCACUUCAAGGGAUUGUCACUAAGGGCAAAGACAUUUUAGACUGGCAUCUUUUCAGUGCAACAGAGAACCAGAUGAUGAAUUGUGAAUGUAUUCAGCUAUAUGCGAAUGCCUCAUUAUUAAAAAAGAUAGAGGCAUACAGUCCUGAGAUUAUUUCAACAAUAGAUUACAAGCAAAGCAGACAAGACAUUUUAUUUCCUGCUAUUGUUAUUGUGAAAGAGAAACACCAAUACAUGAUCGAGGACUGGAUAAGUAACAUUCGCAAAAAUAUUACUGGUUUAUGUGUUGUUGUAGUUUGCAAAGGCAAUAUAUUUAAUUUUGAUCGUUCCCCACAGAAUAAUAUAUUUCUGACUAAUGCAAAUAGGUGGGAGGUAAUGAUGGCUGCACAAAAAUUGCUAGAACGAGCAAUUUAUAGAGUUUUGAAGCACCUUGUUAAAACACUGAUGCAAAAGUAUGGAACCUCAACAGAUUUAACUGAUUUGGAGAAAGAAAGCACCUUGCAAAGUGUGUAUGCCUAUUCAAGGGCAGCAUAUCAAAGAAGUAAAUUACCAGAAUGUGAAAGACUGAACAUCCCAGCCAUCACUUAUACUUAUCCUGAAAAUAUUAAUGACGUGAUCAAAACACUUCUUAGAAUACAAGGCGUAGUCGGCUGCUCAAAGAAAUUUGGAAUCCUUGAAGUCUCUGUUGAUAGUAAACAAGACAAAGAUAAAACUACUGACCAGGUUAAACAGCUGCUCAUGAAAGAAAAAAUUGGAGCCACAUUUGAAUAUGGCAGUUUCUCACAUUUUCUUUCACCCGGAGACCCAGUUUAUGCGGGAGAGGGGACACUAGGAGGUUUUGCACAGAGGUUUCCUAAAACAAGAUACAACAGCAUAGCAGCAGAUAGGAUGAGCAGUUUAAAAAGCCCAGGCACAAAAGGAAAACUCGUUGCAUUGAUUUCAAGGCACGUUGCUCAGGCUUUUACUCCAACUGAAAAUGCAAGUCUAUAUAUUGGGAAUAACAUAGUUGGGCAAAUACACAAAAUACCUCACAAAGGUAUUCUUGAUAUAGUUCCUUUUGAUAUUCAUGAACAUUUUAUAAAGGAAUGCAACACAAGAUUUCAAACUGAGGCUAAAAAGCAGAUGCAUGGUCAAUUACCAGAAAACAAUGACUGCUUAAUUGGACUGCCAGUCUUUUUAUGGGGUGCAAAAAGUGCACCUGGUUUGGGGAUGCUGGACAGUAUCAUGGAUAUGCAAGAUGCUGGAGGUGUACAGUGUAUAAAAAUACAUAAUCGUAUUCCUGAUAAGCCAUUCAGCGAACCUGGUGACAGUGGAGCAAUUGUAUGUUCAACUGAUAGCGAAGCAAGCACACUAACCACAAUAGCCAUGCUAAUUGGACAAUUUCAAAAUUCAAAGCAACCAACAUAUUUUGCCAUUCUUCUCAAAGAAGCAUUUGCAGAAUUAAACGAAUUCUACGAGUCAGAAUUUAAAAUGUGUGAAGAUGCUGCUGCUACCCCUUAAAUUCAGUAUUUAUAUUCAUAUACAUAGUGCAAUUAUCUGUAUUGCAUCAUAUGUACCUGUUUGUAUGUACCGGUGUGUAUGUAUUUUAUUACUAGUGUUGAUAAGUGAGCUUUACAAAAACCUAAAAAUGCCUAACAAGGGACAAAAUUGUCACAAAACCAGGUUUUCAGUUGAAAAAGUCUGAUAAAGGGAGACAAUUCAAAAUGUGUAUUGUUAACCCUCUUGUGUACAAUUGACCUUGAUUUCAAUCAGAAAACAAGGGCUGUUUGGGUGAAUAUGUUUUUUGUCACUGUGACCUUGACCUUUGACCUAGUGACCUGAAAAUCGAUAGGGGUCAUCUGCCAGUCAUGAUCAAUGUACCUAUUAAGUUUCAUGAUCCUAGGCCUAAUUAUCCCCCGCCAGAGGCAGAGGGAUAUUGUUUUGGCGUUGUCCGUCCGUCCUGCUGUCCGUCCGUCACUUUUGUGUCCGGAGCCAUAUCUUGGAAGUUCUUUGGUGGAUUUCAUUUAAACUUGGUAUGAGUAUAUAUAUGCAUAAGAGGAUGAUGCACGCCAAAUGGCAUUGUACACCAUCUGUUAAAAACAGACUUAUGGCCCUUUGUAUCUUGAAAAAAUGCUUUUUAGUGUCCGGAGCCAUAUCUUGGAAGUUCUUUGGCGGAUUUCAUUGAAACUUGGUAUGAGUGUAUAUAUGCAUAAGAGGAUGAUGCACGCCAAAUGGCAUUGUACACCAUCUGUUAAAAACAGACUUAUGGCCCUUUGUAUCUUGAAAAAAUGCUUUUUACUAUAGGCACUUUUGUGUCCGGAGCCAUAUCUUGGAAGAGCUUUGGUGGAUUUCAUUUAAACUUGGUAUGAGUAUAUAUAUGCAUAAAAGGAUGAUGCACGCCAAAUGGCAUUGUACACCAUCUGUUAAAAACAGACUUAUGGCCCUUUGUAUCUUGAAAAAAUGCUUUUUACUAUAGGCAUUUUUGUGUCCGGAGCCAUAUCUUGGAAGCGCUUUGGCGGAUUUCUUUGAAACUUGGAAUGAAUAUAUUCCCGCGCCAGAGGACUUAUUAAUUCACCUAAAUAAAUUGUGAAGGCUUAAAAACCUUCCUUUGUCUUAGUUUUGUGUAAUUGUCCAUCUAUCAUUAUGUUCAUCCGUCCGAUUUGCACCCAUCCUCAAACAAAGCAUAUGUUGCGGGGGAUACCUUGGGCCUUUCAGGCCCUCUUGUUAUUCUUUAGUUAUCAUCCGGAAACCAUUUUACUGUUUUGAGUCACUGUGACCUUAAACUUUGACCUAGUGACCUGAAAAUUGAUACGGGUCAUCUGCCAGUCAUGAUCAAAGUUCCUAUGAAGUUUCAUGAUCCUAGGCGUAAUCAUUCUUGAGUUAUCAUCCGGAAACCAUUUUACUAUUUCGAGUCACUGUGACCUUGACCUUUGACCUAGUGACCUGAAAAUCAAUAGGGGUCAUCUGCCAGUCAUGAUCAAUGUACCUAUGAAGUUUCAUGAUCCUAGGCCUAAGCGUUCUUGAGUUAUCAUCUGGAAACCAUUUUACUAUUUCAAGUCACCGUGACCUUGACCUUUGACCUAGUGACCUGAAAAUCAAUAGGGGUCAUCUGCCAGUCAUGAUCAAUGUACCUAUGAAGUUUCAUGAUCCUAGGCCUACCUAAGCGUUCUUGAGUUAUCAUCCUUUCAUAGUUACAUAGUUGUUUCAAAAUCAAUCUAUUUUUAGUUGUGACGACCUAGACCUUGGAGAUAUUGACGUAAUUCUUUCGUGCGACACACCCUCCAAUAAUGAUGAACAAAUGUGCCAAAUGAUUUUAAAAUGUCACAAUGAAUGACAUAGUAAUUGCCCAGACAAGCUCAUUUAUGGCAAUUUUUGACCUUCAAACUCAAAUUGUGACCUUGACCUUGGAGAUAUCGACGCGAUUCUUUUGUUCGACAUACCAUCUAAUGAUGGUGAACAAAUGUGCCAAAUGAUCUCACAAUUAAUCACAAAGUAAUGGCCUGGACAAGCUUAUUUAUGGCCAUUUUGACCUUCAAACUCAAAUUGUGACCUUGACCUUGGAGAUAUCGACGGAAUUCUUUCGCGCGACACACCGUCUAAUGAUGGUGAACAAAUGUGCCAAAUGAUUUUAAAAUCUGACAAUGAACGACAGAGUUAUGGCCCGGACAAGCUUGUUCCGCCCGCCCGCCGACAUUCGCCAAUCUAAUAACCAGUUUUUUUCUUCGAAAAACCUGGUUAAUAAAAUGUUCAACGUGAAGUCAAUGGUCAACUGGCUAAAUCUGGUAAGGAUGGUACAUGAACACUAUAAAAUGCUGCAAUAAAUGUAUGCUUCAAUAAAAGAACUAACAUGAUUGGAUUGUUCAAGGUUUACACUUAUUCAAGAGUUUGAUUUGUCUAUUGUUUGUUCUGUGGUUUUCAUGCAUACCUUAAUAUGAAUUAAGAAUCAUGCAAUACUGGAAACCAUAGUAAAAUCUUAAACUAACGGUGUUUAAACACACUUCAUAAUUAUAUUUAUGUUUACUGUUUUAUAUGACACCACAAUUUGUAUUUGUAAUACUUUGUUUUAUCUGUAAUUUGAACUAAAAUAAUAUAUUCUGUGUUGUUAGAAUGCAAAUGUUCCAACUUAUAUGACUAUGACUUUUAAGUUUUUUAUAUGUACAUGACUCGUUCAUGCUAAAUAUUGAUAUUUUGUUCAUAGACCUAAAGGCAUGUCCCAAGGUAAUUUCACAUACAACUUUAGAGUGCAUAAAACAUGAAAUAAAUUUUAAAAUAAUAAAAAAAAAUCAUAAAAUAUACAACGUUUCCCAUAAGUGUGUAAUGCUUAAGUUGAUUUACAAAAAUCUACCAAGUGUUAAAUAUUUUUCACUUCUUUCUAAAGACCAUCAUUAUUUUGGCAUUUUUAGACAUGUUUAUCUUUGUAGUUAGCUUAAUGUCAAUUUUGUUUUGCAUGAUAUAGCAAAAAAAUUAAUAAAAUUUCGAAAUACAAUUUUCUAAAAUAUUUUUUCAUAAUGAACUUUGAUAUGUAACAGUAUUAACAACUUUUGGGGACGGAAAUUCAGAAUAUUCAAAUACAAGAAUUGCAACACUUUAAGGGUUUUGCCCUGAAUGAUUGGAGAGAUCACAUUUAUUGGAAAACCGAUUUUGUUUGUGCAUUUGAUGAUGGCAACCAUAGUUCUUGCAAAGAUUUUAAUAUAGAUGUUAUUAUUUCAAUUUGUGCUAUUUUCAGACGUCUGGCCCAGAUUUGCCCUGUGUUAUCACUUAUAUUAUAUAUCAUCCUAUUUUGGCCUGCAAUAAAAAUUUCUCCGAACCGAA